GCACUUGCACUGCUGAGGAUCAGUAAACUCUCUCUCUCUCCCCCCCCCCCCCCCCUCCCCCUCUCUCUCUCUCUCUGUGGCUUUCUUCAAUAAAUGGCUCUUUUUGCUUCCAUCUCCACGUCUCUGCUCUCUAUAUCAACUACCCAAAUCCCCCGCCCUUUAAACUUUAAGAGGCGACUUUUCUGUCCCUUGGCUACUUUAAGACCACCUUCCCCUGAAUCACCACCACCAGUUUCCUCUAAGAACCACCACCCAUCAAAGCCUUUGGUUGAGUCAUCUAGACCUCCUCCUGAUUCAGGCUUCAACUACGCCCUUGCUAAUCCAUCUCCCAACCGAGUUGUUCAGUUCAUUCGUUCCACUGAGUCAAACAUUGAGAGGGCAAUUUUUGACUUUCGCUUCUUGGCGCUUCUGGCUGUAGUAGGCUCACUUGCUGGUUCCCUCUUGUGCUUUCUAAAUGGCUGUGUUUACAUUAUUGAUGCUUACAGAAUUUAUUGGACAAGCUGUGUCAAAGGAAUUCAUACAGGAAAGAUGGUUCUACGAUUAGUUGAAGCUAUUGAUGUUUAUCUUGCUGGGACUGUGAUGCUUAUAUUUGGCAUGGGCUUAUAUGGAUUAUUCAUCUGCAAUGUUCCUCCUGAUGCUCCUGCUAGUGAUGAUCGUGCCCUGAAAGGCUCAUCCUUGUUUGGAAUGUUUGCCUUGAAGGAAAGGCCAAAAUGGAUGAAAAUCAGCUCACUCGAUGAACUGAAGACAAAAGUGGGACAUGUUAUUGUCAUGAUUCUUUUAGUAAAGAUGUUUGAGAGGAGCAAGAUGGUGACGAUAGCCACUGGUGUAGAUCUACUAAGCUAUUCUGUUUGUAUUUUCUUAUCAUCUGCUUCUUUGUACAUCCUUUCAAACCUGCACAAGUCAGAAUAGAAAUUCCUGACCUAUGAUGCAUAUAAUGUAAUUAAAAACAUCUUCAGAGUAUAUUUCACAAAAAGAAACAAAAACAUCUUCCUGAGAA